CCGGCUGUCCCUCUUUGUCCGGCAACGAGUAGGCCGUAAUUAACAUGGCCAAUUUCGCGUUUGGGGAUAAAUAUUAAAUCGUAAGUCUAUUUGACAUUGAUUGUUUGUCAUAUAAGGGUUGCCAUCCAUGUCUUGAUGCAACAGUCAGGUGUAUAUGAAUGAGCUGUGUGAGCAACGUUUCACAAUUGUACCUUGCUUGCUGAUGGCUAAACGGCUAACGGUAGCUAUGUAGCGCAUUCAAAUCACGUUUGAAUUAAAUUACCGAUGAAUUUGCGUUUAACGCGUGAUUAACGCUCGCGUAACGCGUUCCGAAUAAUCGGGCCGUUUAAAAUGAGGUCAAAUGCUUUGUGUGUUUGCAUCUUAAUGUCAUUUAGACAGCAGUCCAGGUAGAGACACAUCUGUAUGUGAUCACAUUGCAGACAGGCAGAUGUGCAAUCACAUUCAGUCCAUUCUGAUCACAUUGAUUUUGCGUUACAUGCUAUUACAGCGGCCGGUUUGCGUGCUUGCAAAAAUCUGACGUUGCGUUUUUACGUCUGUGAUGCUUAAGCAAAUCACAUAACUAUUUGAGUGUAAACGUGCAGAAUAUGACAAAUCUGAUUUAGGGCCCUAAUGCAUCCUUCAGACAUGUUAUUAAAUAGGUGCCCGACUUCAUCACCCUAUUGGUAACGUUACAAUUGAGUUUUUGGGACGGCGGGGUGAUACUCGUUGGACCCGAGGAGGUAUUUGUCAAAUAUACUCAUUUCUGUAAAUGAACGGUGAUAUGGCACCGCAUCGACACUCAUUUUAAUGGCGGGACAGCAGGCGGGACAGAGUCAAGGAAAACGAGGCAAAGGUUCCCAGAUGAAGAGCCCGGAGAAAAAAAAGAGGAAAUCUAAUGCUCAGGGAGCAUCGUUCUCCCACCUCUCGGAGUUCGCACCCCCUCCCACUCCCAUGGUGGAUCACCUGGUGGCCUCUAACCCUUUUGACGAUGACUUUGGUCCCCCAUCACGACCUGUCGGUGGAGGAGGUCCAGGUGGUGCCCCUUUUCUGUCCAGCCCAGGGGCAGGUGGAGGAGGCUACGGUGGGCCCGGUCGAAUGACAGCAGGAAUGGGAUUCAUGGGUGGCCCUGGAGGACCUGGAGGCGGACAGCCUGGACGAAGACCUCCUUUCGGCCCCCCGACACAAAACGCUGGACCACACCACCCUCUUGGGUUUGGUGGCAUGCCGGGCUUUGGAGGUGGUGGAGGCGGAGGAGGGGGCGGAGGAGGUUUUCCACCUGGUGGGCCAUCACAGUUUAACAUGCCGCCCAAUUUUAGCCCUCCCAUGCACCCUGGACAGGGCUUCAACCCAAUGUUGUCACCUGGAGCAAUGGGAGGUGGACCGGGUGGUGGAGGAGGUCCGCCUCAUCCUCGGUUUGGGAUGCCUCAGCAACAGCCUCCACAUGGACAGGGAGGCCAUCCCUUUAACAGCCCACCCUUACCUGGAGGGCACGGCCCCCGUGGGCCACCCCAUGGCCCCAUGAACCCCAUGGGGGGUAUGGGAGGUGGAAUGAACAUGAUGGGAAUAGGUGGUGGUGGUGGGGUUAACAUGGUGGGUGGGCACCCAGGUAUGGCUCCACAAGGACAGUUUCCACCUCCACAAGAUGGGCCAUACCCUGGAUCUAGUCCCCCUGUAGGUGAAGAUGGCAAGAACUUUGGCGGUGGUCCAGGUGGUGGUCCACCUGUUCCAUCUCAACAGCAACCACCCAACAUGAAUCCCUCUGGUCCUCCAUCCAACAAUGCUACCCCCGGUCCAUCCCCAGCUCCUGGUCCCGCGCAGCCUGGAGGAGGUUUCCCAGGCCAUUCAGAUGUUUCUCAAACCAACCCCAAUACACCAGGGCAACCCCAGUCGGCUCCCGCACCCCCCAAUCCAAAUUCUUCCCCAACAGGCCCUCUUAAUGGUCCACAGCCUCAACAAGCACCAACCAAUCAGCAUCCUCCACCAAACUCCACCGGCGGUCCUGGUCCCAACACUCCAUCCAACCAGCAGCAACCGACACCACCUAACUCCAACCCGGGGUCCGCCUCCUACAACCAGCAGAACAAUGCUUCCGGAGGUCCGAUGCCAAACCAGCCACCCAACUCCAACCAGAACAACCUUAACAACAGCAGUGGCGGCAACACCCCAGGUAGUAACCCUAAUCCUCCAUCCAACUCUAACUCUACACCAAACACCCAGUCCCCUCUUCCCAGCGGGCCUGCUCCAACAUCUGGCGGCCCAGGCUCCGGGCCCCCAAAGCUGGGUGGAGGCAUGGUGUUCCCCUGUGGCCUCUGCAUGUCAGAAGUGCAUGAUGACCAGGAGGCCAUCUUAUGUGAAGCUUCAUGCCAACGUUGGUUCCAUAGAGACUGCACGGGCCUUACUGAGCCAGCUUAUGGGUUGCUAACCAGGGAAAGUGCCGCUGUCUGGGCCUGUGACUUCUGUCUCAAGACAAAAGAGAUUCAAGCUGUUUAUGUGCGUCAGGGACUGGGCCAGCUUGUGGCUGCAAAUGAUGGUUAAAUGACUUCAUAUGGCUAAAGAAGGAGGAAAAGAUAUUAGAUUUUUGCUCUGUGCUUCAUGUCGUGUGUUUCUCAGUGAAAUGGAGAGUGGAACUGAAUAAAAAGACAGAGAACCAGGAGAGCGAGAGAAACCAGAACAUCAGACUUGGAAUCUGAUGCUACAUAUUGCGUUGUCCUUCACAGACCACAUAAGCACUUUUAGGGCCCCUGUUUCUGACGAAACACAAUCAGAUGUAAAGACUUCGUUGUAUAUAGAAACCAUGACACACUUUUAAAACUUCUGUUCUCAUACUCUUCUUCGAGGUUUUCACUUUAGCGUGGUGACAAAAAAUUCAGAAUAAUCCGUUUCUGGCAGUAGUGGAAAAUCUGACAUUUGAUAGGUAUGUACAAGAAUUCAAGCAUUUGCGAUGUACCCCAGAUCUGCCCCAUUUUAUUUCCACAAAAUCCAACUUGUUGAUCUGCAAAGCACUGAUGCCAACUUUCUACCUCAAAAAUUCGAUAAAUGUCUGGCAAAGAACGCUUUAGCAAUGACUGAUGUUAAAGCAAGUGUGUAGUCACCACACAACCUCUCCUCUCACUGAUCUCCAUUUCAGUACAUCCAAAGCCAACUGUCAGUCUAGACAUGUAGUUAAAGAACAUUUACUGCGUCCAUCAAGGAAUACAGGGGUGUUUUUUAAAGACAGAGAUGAGGGUCCUGCUAUUCUCUGUCAAUAAAAUUCUUGAUUGAUUUUCUUCAUGUACAGCUACUCACUGUUUUUUUUUUUACACAAAAGUGGCUAAUGGUGGCUGGUGGCAUAGCAAAUAGUGGUAAUCCAUAACCAUAUCAAUGUACGUACGUAUUCUAAGGAUUGCAUGUGAACCAAUGCAGUACUUCGUCAGAUCUUUUUUAAUCGUAACUUUUCAUUGUUCCGAUUAACCCUCAACCUGGGCUAUGAAGUAGUAGACCAAAUAAAAGGGCGAAGUAAAAUGAUGUUGCAAAGUA